CUCAUCAAAACAGAUUCACCGUCCCAGAACAACAACAAGGAACAACAGUAUUGCAGGGAAUUGCACUAAUUGGAUAAGUUCAUAGCUUUUUGGCCGAAAGGCACCCACCAGCACAGUAAUGGCUAUAUUCGAGUGGCGCAAGUUCAACUUUUUCGACAUCCGCCAGGGUGUGGAUAAAGAUAACGUAUCCGGGGCGUUACAGGGUGCGAAGAUUACUGCAACGGCAAAUGGCAGCAGCUUGAUAGUGAUUUGUGAUUCGAACGGAAACAUUCACACAUUUAGCCGCACUUGGUCGGUGAUUAGUUUCAAGGGCCACGAAGGUUCGAUACUGCUGUGCGAUAUAGCGAAACCCAACAACCUGCUUGUAACGGUAGGCGAAGAUAUCAACGGUCCAUCGUUUAAGGUAUGGAACUUGUCGAAGCUGUCGGCGACCAAUGGUGCGCAAUGUUUGCGCACGGUACGAACGAUGGUAUCCGUCCCAACGGCAUUGGCCGUCUCGGAGGGUGGACAAUUUAUGGCGAUCGGAUUUGCCCAGGGCAACAUAUCACUGUACCGCGGUGACAUUAGCCGCGAUCGGUCGAAAACUCUCAAACAGCUCACGGCCGGUACGAGCGAUAUUGCCGGUAUCGCAUUUAAGCACUGUCACAAGCACACGCAAAUGUUUGUCUGUUCGAACUCGGGUGUGUAUCUGUACAAUCUGCACAGCCGCGAUAAGGAGAUUCGUGUUAUACUGGCCACAAUGAAGAAACCGGUCGGUUGCUGUGCGCUACAGACUGGCCACAAUGAGGGUCACUUUAUGGUUGGUUUGGAUGAUGCAGUUUACUGCUACACGUCCGAUGGUCGUGGACCAUGCUAUGCGCUGGAAGGCAGCAAAACACUACUGCACUGGUACCGGUCGCAUCUGUUGGUGGUGAUGCGCAACCCAAGAAGUCCGGGCGGUUUCAAUCUCACCGUGAUCGACAUACAGAACAAAUUCAUCGUUUUCACCUCGCCCAUUGACGAGGUUUCGGCGAUUCUAACCGACUUUGGCACCUGUUACAUUCUUACCGAGGGUAAACAGAUUCUCCAUCUCGAUGAGAAAGAUCUGCAGAGCAAGCUGAAUGUGUUGUUUAAGAAAAAUCUGUACGACAUUGCUGUACGCAUUGCCAAAUGCAAUCAGUACGAUGCGGAGGGUCUUGCAGGUAUUUUUAAACAGUACGGAGACCAUCUGUACAGCAAGGGUGAUUUUGCCGGUGCGGUAGAACAGUACGCUAAAACCAUUGGCCAUCUGGAACCGUCGUACGUGAUACAGCGCUUUCUAGACGCCCGGCACAUACACUUUCUCACGGACUAUCUGCAAACGAUACACGCACAGGGACGAGCCACCGCCGACCACACAACGCUGCUGUUGAACUGUUUCACCCGGCUCGAUCGAACGGCUCAGUUGAAGGAAUUUUUGAAAAACGACCAAAAAUCCAACUUGUUCGAUAUUGAUGUAGCGAUUAAGGUGUGUCGGGAUGCGUCGUACGUUGACGAGGCGCUACAGUUGGCGAAAGCGCACCAAAAGCAUGACGCCUGCUUAAGCAUACUAACGGAAGAUAUGGGUCAGUUUGAGGAAGCCUUAAGCUACAUCGAAUCGCUAGCGUGUACGGAUGCGGAAAGCAGCAUAAAACGGUACGGUUCGGUGCUGAUGGCAAACUGUCCUGCGCGUACUAUAGUUUUGCUAAAGAAGCUCUGCACGGAAUAUGCUGCCAACAGGAAUUCGACACAAGGACGCGAUGCACUAACGGUGGCUGAUUUGUUGUCCGAUCUAAAUCUAAACGAUGAGCGUGGCAGCGGGAAUCCGGAAGAUUUUAUUCACCUGUUCGAUGAUACGGAGCUGCUGAUCGACUUCCUGGAGCAUCUGAUACGCUUUGUGCCUGCCAGCAGCCAGUGCGUUUACAGCACGUUAAUCGAGCAUUAUCUGUACAAAUGGAAGGAAAAUGCGUCGGUGGAAGAAAAGUUAUUAGAUCUGUUGAAAUACAAUACGGAGCGGUAUGAUAAAAACCAUGCCCUGGCACAGUGUCGCGUUCACGAGUUCUGGCCGGGCGUAAUGUAUCUGUACGAGGAGGAUAAGCUGUACCAUCUGAUCAUACGGCACUAUUUGAGGCAUCGACAGUACGAGGAGCUGCUGGGAUGCUGUCGCAAGCUGGCCCAAAACAAUACCUCCCUGUGGCUGCUCACGCUAAACGGCCUUAAAAAUGAUGCGCAAGCUCCGCCACAUUUGUUUAACCAGAUACUUCAAGUCAUUUCACAAAAAAGACUGCAAGCGCCACUGCAAGUGCUUGACUGUCUGGCGGUGGAUCAAGGUCCCGCCUUCCUUUCGGUGAAGGAUUACUUCAUGCAAGUGUUCCAGAAGGAACAGGACACCAUCCGGAGUGAGGAGGAACAGGCGAAAACCUACCGUGAAGAGUCGGCUUCUAUUAAGCGCUACAUAAAGCACCUACAGGAGGGUAAUGUGGAGUUUCAAAACACAACCUGUGAUGCGUGUAAGCAACCGUUAUCGAUGCCAGCACUAUUUUUCCUCUGCAAACAUUCCUACCAUCAAGACUGUAUUCGAAGCUACACCGAUACGGAACGUGAUUGUCCAGUGUGCAAUAAGAACAAUAUACAACUGAUCGAGGCACUGCGAGCGCAGAGUGAGGCACGCGAUCAGCAUGAAAUGUUUCACGAUCUGCUCGAUCGUGCACCGGAACCAUUCUCCGUUGUGGCAGACUAUUUCGGGCGUGGAUUAUUCAACAAGUUGCUUAUUGUAGAGGAAGGAGAUACACAGGUGGAGAUAAUGGAACAACCGAAGCCCGGUGAAAAGGCGAAGGCUAGUCCUGUUGGGUCCUACGAACCGCGUACAAUUCCACAACCGGCACCAUACACAAGCGAAGCGAGACUCCGCCAGGACGAAGGUCGAUCGGCUCAGAUACGGAUCGAAUCGCAGGAAAGUGAAAUGCGCCUCCGGUUGAUGGAGCAGGAACGGAUCAGGCAGCGCCAACAGGCGGCAACAAUUGCGCAACAGCAGAUGAAGCUUCGAGAUGACCGUAGCCCUAAGAUGCAAUCACCGUACGGCAGUCCAAGACCACCAACCGGGACCGAUCUGAACCGACAGUUGAAUCCAUUCGAGAAAUCCAACGUUUCCUCAGCGAAAGCGGUAACCAGUGCGAAAGAUAUCGCUAAAAUACCGAUCGCCACCACGGCACGCAAUCCUUUCGACGAGGACGAGGCAGAAUAUGACAAUACCAAAAACCCUUUCGACGAAGGAACUGCAAACCCGACCCAGGGCAAAACACAAACCGAUCGUUCCACUGUCCGAAAUCCUUUCGAGGAAGAGUACGACAGUAAGUUGGAUCCUUUUGCGGAGUAAAACCAUCGAAUUAUUGGGGUUUUUUUGGCAAAACCAGAGUAUCAGGCAUGUCACAGAGGUGGAAUAACUUUAUUACGCUCCAGCUUUUUCGUUGGCAUAUUAUUUCAACGUUGUUCAGCUAGCACCGUGCCCCGUAUUUAUCCUUUCCGUUAAUAUAUGAAAUAAACAAAGCAAAACGUCUUACAAA